AUGAAAUUAGGUGUGCACGGCUCUCCCAAAACGGUACAUGGAGCUGUGUCACAACGCAAAACCUUAUCACCUUCCGCCGCGUUACCGAAGACCAUACACGACGACCCACGACCGUCGCCCGAUUUUGGGUCCACCGAUCGCUACUCCGACCCUGCCCCGACUCCCGUUCCAGAACCCUUUGUCCACUAG